CCCUCUCGCGCGCUACUUCGGGCCCCGCUGCGUCGGGAUGAGCGCCGCUGCUUCCCCAUGGAGACCAAGAAGGCCGAGAUUCCCAGCAGCGUCCUGGACGACCUGUGCAGCCGCUUUAUUUUGCACAUUCCCAGUGAGGAACGAGACAAUGCUAUCAGAGUAUGUUUUCAGGUUGAACUUGCCCAUUGGUUUUAUUUGGAUUUCUACAUGCAGAACACACCAGGAUUACCUCAGUGUGGGAUAAGAGAUUUCGCUAAAGCUGUUUUCAAUCAUUGCCCUUUUUUACUGCCUCAAGGUGAAGAUGUGCAGAAAGUUUUAGAUGAAUGGAAAGAAUAUAAAAUGGGUGUGCCGACAUAUGGUGCAAUUAUUCUUGAUGAGACACUUGAAAAUGUGCUCCUGGUUCAGGGUUACUUAGCAAAGUCUGGCUGGGGAUUUCCAAAAGGAAAAGUGAAUAAAGAAGAGGCGCCACAUGACUGUGCUGCUAGAGAGGUGUUUGAAGAAACUGGUUUUGAUAUAAAAGACUAUAUCAAUAAAGAUGAUUAUAUUGAACUAAGAAUCAAUGAUCAGCUGGCACGUUUGUACAUCAUUCCAGGUAUUCCAAAGGACACAAAAUUUAAUCCUAAAACAAGAAGAGAAAUUCGGAACAUUGAAUGGUUCUCAAUUGACAAACUGCCUUGCCAUAGGAAUGAUAUGACCCCAAAGUCCAAGCUGGGUUUGGCACCUAACAAGUUUUUUAUGGCUAUUCCCUUCAUCAGACCGUUAAGAGAUUGGCUGGCUCGGCGCUUUGGAGAUUCCUCCGAUAGUGACAACGGAUUCUCAUCCACUGGUAGCACGCCACCUAAACCAAGCACAGAAAAAAUGAGAUCAAAGCUUCAUUAUAGCCAGCAAACUCUAGCAGAUGGUCCUUCAGGAGAUCAGUGGGCAAAGCAUAGACAGUUGCAGCAACAAAAGCCAUACAACAAUCAUUUUGAAAUGCCUGAAACUUUAAAACUAAAGAGCAUACGAGGCAAUGGUAGAAAGCAAUAUCAAGACACUCCUAACCAAAAGAAGAGAGCAAAUGGUGUCCAUAGUCAGCCAACUAAACAGAAUCAAACUUUGAAAUGUGAAAAGAAGUUGCAUCCAAGAAGGCUCCAAGAUAACUUCGAAACAGAAGCUGCCUAUGACAUGUAUUGUGCCAGUGAAGACCAACUGCUAGACCAUGGACCGUCGAUGUCAUGCAACGGCCAUUGCAAGUUCAGUUUUUCCUCACGAGCUUUUCUGGGCUUCAAGUUUGACCACGAUGCUAUCAUGAAGAGUUUUGACCUCUGAAAAAUGAGCAGGCAUCAGAACAGGCAACCGCUUGGGUGCAGUUGAGUGGGUUUCCUAGAUCCAGCCGUGAUCCUUUCUCAGGUUUUUAAGCAAUGCAGGGACCUAGUGAUGGGCCAGGAGGCUUUGUUGUCAUGCAGUAUGGAAGAGGCAUCAUAUGGUGUUGCACAUUAAAUGCAGUACAGCUUUUACCUACAGAAAUUCUUUCCAAUGGUUCAUGUGCUAGUUCUCAACUAUGCAUUACA